UUGUCUAUAAAAAGCAGGCAGUACUUCAGAUACUCAUGCGAGGAUCCUGAAAACCAAAAGGAAAAAUAAGUAGGGAACACACAUCGGAUGCCUGGCACACGUCGAGUUCAACCACAGCUUUUUACCACCUCUGCAUUUGGCUACAGAUCAAACAACUUGCAGAUACCACCCGUCUGCCUCCCAGCACAAUGAUGCUCCUGCCUUGUAUCUCAGUAAAGAGUAGUCUGAGCACUGUAUGGACACAAAUCCUAGCUAGAGGGGGACUGGGGAACUUGGACUAGGAGUAGCAGACACCCAAAGACCACCUAGCCCAAAGAGAAGUCAAAAGAGAGGCAAAAGAAUAAGGGAGCUGAAGCUUAAGCUGUUCACGCAGGACUUGAGUGAGGCUGGGAGAAAUGACAGAAUAGGACAGAGCUUUGCUAUGGCAGUGGGAGGAAAAGGGAUGGUUGUUGGCCCUUGGUAAUGAUCAAGAACACCAUAAUGGGGAUCUGUAGUGAGAUAAUGUGAAUAAUAUGGGGAAAAAGGCAGGAAACCCUCCUUGACAGAACAGGUAGUAGCAGAGGGUGGAAAGUUGUGACUAGAGCUGCUGGCAUAAUUGCAGAAGAAGGGGAUAGUAUGGGAGAAGGAGGACACAGAGAAUUCUGAGAGGAUGGAGGAUGAUGACUGACUUCCUGAAAUGAAGGUGUGGAACUAUGGCACAGGUUUUGACCUGUUGAAGGAAUGCAAGGAGUCAUUGCAGGUGCAAUGGUAAACUCAGCUCUGCAAAAGCAGCAAGUCUUAAAACACCCCCUCUGCUAUCUCAAUUUUCAUAUUAUAGUUUCCAAAAGUAAAAAAAAAUAUUUUCUCAGAAAAUGCCAUUUCCUCCUAGUAUAUGUGCUGUCCUCUACUUCAAGCCUUAUAGCAUUUGUAAGGAUUCAGAUGUGAAAGCACACACAAAAAGAUGAGAUGAUGAAAUAUAGGGCGACUUUCAGAUAACUGGGAUAGGGGCCCCGGGGGGGCUGUUUCGGUCAUGCUUUUCAGAUUGACACAUCAAAAUUAUCUGUCUACCACACUGGCUGCAGGUGUAUGGUAUACCAGGCAGCAGCUGCUCCUCCUCACACACACAUUUUGGAGUAUUAAUUCUUAUUUGGUGUACUUUACUGCACAGUCCCUUUAAUGUUAUAAUGAACUACUUCCUUGGUCUGCGUCCCUUAGACUUCUAGUCAACAGGAGACUCCUAGUUUUUGGCCUGCUGGGUCAGAGUGGGACAGCACUGAGUGUAAUUCACAGAGUCACAGAAUGAGUUAGUUUGGACGGGACCACAGUGGGUCAUCUGGUCCAUCUUCCUUCUUUUAGCAGGGUCCUCCCAGAGUGCAUUGUGCAGGAUUGCAUUCAGGUGGUUCUUGAGUAUCUCCAGUGAGGGAAACUCCACAACCUCUCUGGGCAGCCUUUUCCAGCUGACAGUCUGUACAGUGCAGUUUACCUGCACAGUAAAGUUCUUCCCCAUUUUCAGGUGGACCUUUCUGUACAUCAGCUUCUGCCUCUUCAUCCUAGUAGUUGGCACCACUGAGAAAAGCCUCGUUGCAUCUUCUUUGGGACCCCCACUUUAGAUAUUUAUACACAUUAAUGAGGUGAAUUAAUGGGGUUUCUAUAUGGUUCUAGCUGGCUGUAACACAUAGGAGAGAUAGCAAUGAGACUUUUAACAGUAUUGUCGUAGAAACACCUUUUAAGAUCUGGUGAUGUCUCUGCAAUAGGUUGUGGAUGCACACAAUGCUUGAGGGAAGACUACUAGAGACAGAGAGCUGCAUUGUUUUGGGGUGGGAGUUGACUCGGAGCACUCAGGGCUGAAGCAGGGCACCACCACUGCAUGGCUGGUGUGAGCAGCGCGGGUCGGCAGACCCCGACCCAAGGUGGCCAUUUGUGAGCCUCCGUGCCGGGGCUAUGGCCGGCUGUCGCAGGGUUGACCCCGCAGCCACUGCCCCCCGUUUAGAGUGGCGAAAGGCGGCUGCUGGCAGCGGCCCGGGGGCGAGGGCCCCACGGCCACCUCCGCGGUGAAUCGAGCCCCAGUGCGGGGAUGGCCUCGGCCAGUCCCGGCGGGCGGGCAGCUCCUCCCCACUGCCUGCCAGAGCGGGCAGGCAGCCACUGCUCCCCCGGCCCGGCGCCUCCUUAACCCGGGGAGGCGGGGGCGGCCGCGGCCGGGGGGAGCCGGGGGAGGCGGAGCGGCGGCCGGGGAGGAGCCGGGGCCUGCAGUAGAGCCGCAGCCCGGAGCAGCAGCCGCGGGAGCGGCGGGGCCUGGAGAGAGUCAGCGCCGCCCGGGCCGGGCCCCCCACACCGGAGCCCGGGGAGCCCCCCGGGGACGAAGCCGCGGCCCGGCGGAAGGCGGCGGAGGCGCCGCGCAGCCCCGCGCAGGCCCGUGAGCCGCCGCGGCCUCCCGUGGUAGCCGAGCCCGGGCAGGAGGAGCUGGGGCCUGGGGGGAAGCCAGGGACAGCGGCCGGGGUGGGGGGACACCCCCGUAGCCUGCCGGGGUGGGGAAGAGACCCUGCCCGCCGCCCCCCGCCCCGUCCGCAGCCCCGUUAGGCAGCCCCGCGCCCGGUGUGGGGACACCCCGGCGCCCCCCCCGCCAGGCCCCUUCCCCGCAGCUGGUGAGGGAGCUUAACACUUGCCCCCUUCCCCACUAACGAGCCAAGGGUGUGCGGAGGCCCCCGGCACCCAGCCCUAGUAACUAUCUAGAAGCAGGUCUGCUCUUUCUUGUUGUGGAAUAGAGCCUUCUGGAGCUCCCUCGAUAUUUGUUACGGGGAGAGGUGUCCUCAGACCCCAGUUCCUGAGGAUUGUGACAAUAACCUUUACUGCCGACUCCCUCCUGCUGCUGAGGAAAGUCUUCUCUCAAGCAGAGCGGACAGCCCUUCCCCAGACCAGGCAAGGUGUACCUAGAGAAACAAGAUUUCUAGGCAGGCAGAUUGGGGAAAUUGAUUUCUGAAAUAAUCUGACCAUCAGUGAAAAGGCUGUUUCCCGGGGAACACCCCUUUAGUAGUUAGCUGCCAAAAGGGAGAGAGGAUCUCCAUCCCAGGAUAAAACCAGCGUUUUUAGGGGACUGACAAUCCAAACCAGAUUGUUUUAAUACUCAAGAUCCUGAUUUCAUCCACAAUCCUUCUGCCCUCGAAAUAUUUUUUGAAGAAUCCAUUGGAAUAGCUGACAGCAACCGUUUGAGUAUGGGUCUCAGAGAAGGAGUGUGAAGGGCAGCACCCCAACCACCAGCACUGAAGAUAAUCCACCUCCCUCCAGAAAAUCUUCCAGACAGAAUAUUCCUGCUUCCAGCACCAUGGCCUCUGACCUGGAAAGCAGCCUCACUUCCAUAGACUGGCUCCCACAGCUUACUUUAAGGGCUACUAUUGAAAAAUUAGGGGGUUCCUCACAAGCAGGACCUCCAGGCUCUGCCCGAAAGUGUCCCCCAGGCUCACCAACAGAUCCCAAUGCCACACUGAGUAAGGAUGAGGCAGCAGUGCACCAAGAUGGGAAGCCACGUUACAGCUAUGCCACUUUGAUCACAUAUGCCAUCAACUCAUCACCUGCCAAGAAGAUGACACUUAGUGAGAUCUACCGUUGGAUCUGCGACAACUUUCCCUACUACAAAAAUGCUGGUAUCGGUUGGAAGAAUUCUAUUCGUCAUAACCUCUCUCUGAAUAAAUGUUUUCGAAAGGUGCCUCGACCAAGAGAUGAUCCUGGAAAGGGCUCUUAUUGGACAAUAGAUACAUGUCCAGAUAUAUCUCGCAAGAGGCGGCAUCCUCCAGAUGAUGACAUACCACAAGACUCCCCAGAGCAAGAGGCAAGUAAAAGCCCCCGAGGGGCUGUUCCAGUCAGCACAGAAGCCUCUUUGCCACCUGAGGCCACCCCUCAGAUGUCGAUCCAGAGCACUACCCCCAUUGCUAACUACAGUCAGCAGGGUGCAGGGCCUGUGGAUGUUGCCUCUACUGUAGCAGGGGGGCAGGGCCGUGAAGGGGCCGAUGUGCCACCUCCGCUGUACAGUGCCAACCAUGACUUCAAGUUCUCCUACUCCGAGAUCAACUUCCAGGAUCUUAGCUGGUCCUUCCGAAAUCUCUACAAAUCCAUGCUGGAGAAAUCAUCUUCCUCUCAGCACGGUUUCUCUUCACUCCUUGGUGACAUGCAGCCCUCCAACCACAAUUACUACAUGUACCAGCAGCAGCAGCAGCAAGGCCCCUCCUCAGUAGGUGCUGCUCCCCCACUCCACACUCCAACCCCAGAGGGUUGCCCAUCCCAAGGAGGAAAGCAGCAGGGUGGUGAAGGUUAUGGCCCUCCACCAGUGAUGUCCAUGCACCCGCCCCCGAUGCAGCAUGGAGGUUACCACCAGCAUCAACAACAUCACCCACACUCCCACCCACAGCAGCAGCCACACCAGCAGCAGCAGCAGUCACAGGCUUCAAUCAACAAUGCUGGCUUUGCAUUUCCCCCUGAUUGGUGCUCCAACAUUGAUUCCCUGAAGGAAAGCUUCAAGAUGGUAAACCGGCUGAACUGGUCUAGUAUUGAGCACUCUCAAUUCUCAGAGCUCAUGGAGAGUUUGCGCCAGGCUGAGCGGAAGAACUGGACGCUGGAUCAACACCAUAUUGCCAACCUCUGUGACUCCCUUAAUCACUUCCUUACCCAGACUGGUCAGCUGCCUCAUCUGGUUGGCCCACAGCAGCCCCCUCGAAUCUCUGAUUCUUGUGCCCUGAACAGUGGCAAACAGGAGCAAUCCAUGAACCAAGUGAACUCCUAUGGUCAGCCCCAGCCUCCCCAUCUCUUCUCCGGGCCAUCUCCUAUGUACCAGAUUUCUACCCAGGACUCUCCUGGAUAUAAUCGCCCAGCUCAUCAUCUGGUCCCUCGGCCUCCAGGACCUCCUCCAGGCGCCAAUGAGGAAAUCCCCGAUGAUUUUGACUGGGACUUAAUCACCUAGCUAGUUACAGACUUGAUAGUCCGUCCUUUAUGAAGGACGUGAGAGGGGAGGGGGACAUGGGGUCAAUGGUGUCAGCACCACCCUCCCCAGCCUCCCUGCCUUGCCUGUAUAUAGAUAUAUAUUCUCUAUCUCCGCCAGAGAAGCCACCGCAAGAUGCUGCCGAAGAUAA